AUGUCGAUGAAUGCGGAAGUGUACUGAAUGGGUUAUAAAGCAAUCGGCCCAUAUGUUUUGGGAGCAGGCAAAUCCAUGGCAGGCACAACCUUCGCGAUUGACAACGAUGAUGAGUCACAUAAUUCUAUGUAGAAGAUUCUUUGGUAUUGCAGAUCUUUCUUCGUGAGCGCUGUCAGAGCUAGGUGGGCUCAAGAGGUUUAUCUUUGUAAACAUAUAAGGGGUUGCUAUGCCUUGAGGUUGAGAGGGUUGCCAGAGGUUUAUCUUAGUAAACAUAUAAGGGAUUGCAAUGCCUUGAGACUGAGGAGGCUGCCAAUGCAACACUUUACUCAGUUCGGUCAAUGAAUUCCUAAUUAAUAUCAGCACUAUUAAUAACUUAUAGGAUAAUGCUUGCUUGGAUUUGGAUUAUUGUUGUUGCUCUUGUUUAUUUUUACUCAUUAGAAAGUUUAGUCUAGAAAUAAGAAAAAAAUAUAAAAGUAAUGCAUUUCCCAGCGCAUAUUGAAUGCAUCUUCUCUGCCAAUCUCUCCGCCAACCUCUAUGCCAACCUCUCUGCAAACCUUUCCACCAAUCUCUCCUCCAACCUCUCCACAAACCUUUCCACCAACCUUUCCUCCAACCUCUCCGAAAACCUCUCCGAAAACCUUUCCACAAAACUUUCCUCCAACCUAUGCACAAACCUCUCCACCAACAUUUCCUCCAACCUCUCAGCCAACCUCCCACCUCCCUCCCCACAAACCUUUUCGCCAACAUCUCCACCAACCUGUUUACCAACCUGGCCUCCAACCUCACCGCCAACCUUUCCGCCAACCUCUCCGCCAAUCUUCAAACAUGUCACAACCAACAAAAAAAAUUAAAGACAAACAUCAUUGGUACCUUUUGUUAGACUGACCGUUACAUCUAAAAAGCACCUCUCUCUCUCUCUCUCUCCUCCACCUCAGAGACGCCCAGCAAGCCUCCAUGACAAGUGCAACCGAUGUGUUUCCCUCCCUUCUGUGCUAUGAGGCUGUCAGCUUCCUCAUCUACGGCACCCUGGCCUUUCUGAUCAUUCUCUACACGCCUUACUGGAUCAGGCAGCAGCUGGACAAAUACUUCCUUCAGGUCUGAAGUUUGUCGGCGUGACCAUUUGCUUUGUGGUCGUAUCACGUCCUGGUGACAGUGACAACGUGACAGUUAAGCAGACUGUAAUCGUGAGAGUACGAUGCCCAACGAUGCCCAGUGCAUGUCGUUAGUUUCAAAGCCUUGAACGCUGCUUCAGUGUCCACAUUUACUUAACUACAUGACAGCGGUGUUGUUGUUUUUAGAGACGUAUCGGGUAAUGAUCGGUAAUGUCAGUGUCACAAAUGUCAAGAGCAUGUGUUCAAAUAAGAGUAAUGACCACGUAAAGUAUGCGGAUGAUUGGCAUAUCGAUAACUCUGCAGCACAAGUCACAUGGCAAUGACAAUUACAUGACCUUGAAUGUCAGGCGCUAUUGAACUUUUAAUGAUCACUUGACACCCCCCCCCCCCCCGGCAAUCACACGGCUUUAGUGACCGCACGAAAUUAAUGACCCCAUGACAUUAGUGUCACCUCACCUUGACAAUGGUGACCCCCAUGACAUUAGUGUCAGCUGGACAAUGGUGACCCCCAUGACAUUAGUGUCACCUUGACAAUAGUGACCCCAUGAUAUUAGUGUCACCUUGACAUUAUUGACCCAGAGAGAUUAGUGUCCACCAUUUUGUCACAUUGAUUCCACUACAUAUAAGAAAGGCUUAUGUGGCCAAAUAACGUUAAAGAAACGAAUACACAUACAAGUACGUUUGUAUUAGGUGUUUUUUCAAUUGUGUUGCUGAAGUCGAAUUAAUUUAAAUAUUAUAAAGAUCAAAUUUAUCUGCUUACAUUUCAGUACAUUUAUUUUUGUACGUAAGAAUUGUUACUAUAAAUAACCAUAAUUUAUAAAUAUACGGAAUUAGGGGGGUUAAACACUAUGUUUUUAGAAAAUGCAAAACAGUGUGUGUUAGAAGCGGGUGGGGCAUUUCGUCAGUCCAGUGGUCUGCGAAAAGUGUGCGUUUGCGAAAAAGGGGUUCUCAUCCCGUGGGAGAUUGACUUAAUGUUUGUUAAAAGCAGGGAGGGGGGGGUGUCGCGAUUCUUUUGUUAUGCCACAGGCAGCACGAGAUAUGCCUCAAUAUAGAGCAGCGCAUUCAAUGAAUAAUUAACCUCAUAGAGGGGGGGGGUAGGGUGCGUACAUUACUUUUCUGUGGAUGUCAUUGUCUUUAAAGGCCAUGGUGUCUGUCACAAUCACAAUCACAAUCUCGACAUCAACCGUAACGGAGGCGAAGUGGUUAAAUAAUAGCGAGUUGAUCUGUUAUACUUGCACGCCACGCAGACACAAUACGAAAUGCAUCUCAUGAGAAUACGAACAUACCUGGAACUGCUAUCAUAGCACUCCCAAUACUUCAAUUACUGGCAUCUCUGGAUAAUCUUCUCUACUUCUUCAACUUCAUAAUGUAUCAACACAUUUACAAACUGUUCAACCGUCUUCUAUAUCUUCAUGAAUUCAAGCAACCAUAUAUUCCACUUCCAUCUUGCCUCUCUGUCUCUUUGUUUUCCUUCCCUGAUUGGCCAGUUUCCCCCCAAGUCCCCAUACUCUUUAUAUUACAUAAGUAAUUACUCCCAUAUUACUUAUCUCCCAUAUAUUCAUAUCUAUAUAUGUGACAGUGUUACAAUCAUACAAAAUAUAAAAUUAGGAAAUUACAAUUAGGGCGUUGACAACUAGUGGGUACAUUGACAGAAGUAUAUCUUUACCUCAAAAAAUAUCGUAAAGCCCAAUCACUUCACACACCCAGAAGUUUAAUCUUAAAAAGGUGUCCUAAUUUUUUUUUUAUCGCUAUACUGUUCAGGGUUGCGAAAAAAAGAAAUAUUAAAUUUUUCUCUCAAUAUAUGAAAUAUUCCCCCUCCUCCUCCAAACCUUUUUUUUUUAUACACGCACACACACUUUUCGAAUGAUAAAGUUCAUGGAAAAGUUGUUUUAGAUUUUUUUAAUGAGAAUAAUAACAUAUGACUUUAUUUGUUAUAAAACUCAAGUCACUUACAGAAGAGAAAACUGAUCAAGAGAUUUUUCUUUAGGUUAAAGAAACCCGUGUCUUACGAUCUUCUGAUAAUAUAGCAGUGAAGCGAGUCAAAAGUUGGGUUGAAGUUUUAAUGUCGAGACCGCCACAUCAAAUACCGUAAAUGUUAAAGAUAUUUCAAAUGGAAUAAAUCGAUUUUGUUGUUGUAAAUCUAUAUGUAGAUUUUGAUGCAAUUAAUUUAGACGUUUACAUGUCUGUCCGUGUGUGAGUGUGUGUGUGUGUGUGUGUGUGUGUGUGUGUGUGUGUGUGUGUGUAGCUCAGGGGCGCAAACAGAGGGUUACGGUAAGCCCAUAUUAUAUAGCAGAUAACCUUAACUUAAGACAUAUUAUAUAUUUCAUUUUUAUAUAAGGAAAGUCUGAUAAACUAUUUUCUAAUCAUAUAUUUCAAAUGAUUUGAAAGAUGUAAUAACCUUUGACCUUGUGUUGAUGCAUUUUAGUUUUGCGCUGUUUUCUUCUUUGAAGAUACAAAGCAUUAAAAACACGAUUCAGUUAUAUCAGCUAAAAUUCAAAUAUUAGAUGUCGAGACUUUGCAAUAGCAUUAGAAAAUAUACCAAAACGACUUCCAUUAACAUCCCAGUAACAUAGGGUCAUAUCUUCUAGUGUUUUUUUUUUUUUUUUAAAUUAAUUCUAAAUUUACCUACCUCCUCGUAUCCCAAGCAGACCCUUGCCAUGCGAGCGAAUCAGCGAACCAUGCAGAAACAGAUGGACAGCUUCAAGAACAGGCUGUCCAUGGGCGAGACGGUGGAGCGGUUCGACGACACCAGCUACGAGAAGGACGGGGAAGACACCAAGGCCGGGGACCUGGAGGUCGAGAUGUUCACAAGGAAAGAAUACACGUCGGAUUAAAG